AUGCCGCUCGGGAGCGGCGCCCCGUGGGGCGGCGAGCCGAUCGACGCCUCGCCCGAGCGAGGAGGGACGGACUCCGGGGACGCUUCCUCGUCCAGGGCGAGGGGCGACGGGACGAAUCCUCCGCCCUCUUCGGAAGAACCCAACGCGCGGCAGCGCGACGGCGACGCCGCGGUCGUCGUCCUCGCGGUGGACGCGAAGCGAUGGAAAGACGCGCUGCGCGCGCGCGGGUGGUUAGACCGUGGCAGGCGCGCGACGUCGUUUCCCGCGGACGACGGCGCGGGGCGGCCCGCCGCGGUGGCGUUCCCGGUCGGCGCGGAGGGCGCGUGCGCGAUGUCGAAAGAGCUCGCGGACGGCGACGACGACGGCGUCCUCGCGCUGUGUAGGCUGCGCCUGCCCGCGGCGGCGCCGCCGGGGGACCAGCGCGCGAGCGAGAAGGUCGCGUCGGGCUCGGGCGCCGCCGCCGCCGCCGCCGUCGCCGCCGCGCCGAAGCCACCGCCGGCGAUGCCGAUCGACGCGCCCGUGCUGUGGCCGCCGCCGCCGCCGCCGCCGCCGCCGAGCGGGGGCGCGGUCCGACGCGUGAGAUGCCCGUCGACGCCCGCGGCGUUCGCGGAGAUCAUCGCGUCGAUGGAACCGGUCGUCUUCACGGACGUCCCCAUGGGCACCGCGACGGAGGAGUGGACGGUCGACGCGCUGAUGAAGUCCGCGGAGUCGGAGCGAAUCGUCGACGUCCACGUGUGCCCGCCGCGCGACCGCGACGGAGACGGCGAGGGAACGACGGACGACGCGGAGCACGAGGACGUCGUCGUCGUCGACCUCGCCGGGCACCGCGCCCCAGGAACGCGACGGAACUUCCAGUUUCGAAAGAUGAGGUUCGCGGAGCUCGUGGAGAGAGCAGCCGGGGUCGCGUCGUCGUCGCCGCCCGUGAUCGCGCCCGGCGAGAAGUACUACCUGCGGUCCGUCGCGACGACCGCGCCGACGAAGACCGCGGCGCACUUCCCGGAGGCGUACCCUUCGCUCGCGGCGUCGAUGCGACCGGGCGUCGUCCUCCCCGACGGCACCGGGGACGGACCGAUAUGGCCGAAGGGGCGAUAUCACAGCAGCGUGUUGCGCGUGUCGUCCCCGGCGACGGCGCUGUGGACGCACUACGACACGCACGAUAACCUCCUCGCGCAGGUCGUCGGGAGCAAGACGGUGACGCUGUGGCCCCCACACGCGGAGCCGUUCAUGUACGUCGAGGGGAGCAGCAGUCGCGUGGACGUGGACGCGUUCGGACGAGACGCGGACGCGGCGGCGGCGGCGGCGGCGAGGUACCCAAAGUUCGCCACCGCCGCGGGGAGCCGCCGCGUCGCGCGCUUGGGCCCGGGAGAGGCGCUGUACAUCCCCGCGCUGUGGUUUCACCACGUCUACGCGCACGCGAGUCGCACGUCCCCGCUGUCCGUCGCGGUGAACGUGUUCUGGCGGUGCGAGGGGACGCACGAGCUGCACGACGCCGGGGACGCGUACGGGAACAAAGACCCGCCGGCGGCGAGACGCGCGGGGGACCUCGCCGCGCUCGCGGGGGACGCGAUCGACGCGUUGCCGGAGCCGCACCGGACGUUCUACGCGCGGCGGGCGGUGCAGAGGCUCGCGGCGCAGCUCGGGAUGGAGUUAGGGGUGUAGUCUAGCUAGAGACGAUGGGAGUGGAGAGAGAGACGAUGGGAGUGCGCGCGAUUAUAUCGGAUACUAUUCACAC